AUGACUGAUGAUCAAGGCGCCCAAAGUACCGCCCGUCGACGACCAUUGCCUCGCCAUGAACGCUAUCUAUACACUUAUCGGCUCAUGGCAGGCAACACGCCCUUACAGUUCAUGAUAUCGGUCGAGCCUGAAUCAGGCAAACCUCGACAUGGAAAAUAUACAUUCAAUCUAUCCUUCAAAGCCAAUGGUAUCGAACGACCGCUAUGCGAGCCAACUGUGCGGACCUUAAAGGUCGACCCUCGACAACUGGACUUUGCAGUCUUCGUGUUCCCAGGGAAAAAUAGCAUACCAACAGGAUGUCUUUGGUCUCUUCGUGUGUGGUUGCGGGUGAAUGGGGUGGAUCAUAGGCUGUUUGGCGAUGACGAGCUGCUGGUGGGGAGGGAUCCGGAUUUCAACUCUAUUGGGGAUGCAUCGUUUGCUAGGAUGAAGCAUGCAGAUGCGAAGGAGCAGAUAUACCAUGCGUAUGUCGGGAGGGCGUUGAUAUCCUUCAUCAUCAAGUGGGAUCGGGUGUCAAACAACUUGUACAAGUAUUCCCUAGAGUAUGAGGCACAAGGCGUAGGAGGUGUGUUGAUCGAUGAGUUCAGACUAAAAUUGGAUUCGGAUCCGAAGACAGUAUCGUUCUUAAUAUAUUCUCUCCCAUCCAACUCCGUCCCAGCAGGCGCCGCGCACAAACUCCGCGUCUGGCUGCGCUCCCUCGUCCCACUCGCCGCCAACGAUCCAUCAACAACAUACAACCUCCCGUUCAACGACUCGUACAUCUACCAGCGGGUGUGGAAGACGGAUUCGUUCAAGAUUGGGUCGAGGCUGGAAUUUGAGUCACUAGGGCCCAAAAUGGUUAUGGGCUUUUCGUCGGGUGGGCCACAGACGAUCGUAAUGCCCCAUCCGCCGAGAGAGCAGCAGCCUGCUGCGUCGACGAGUGGGAUCAAGACGUGGGAGAGCUUUGGUUAG